AUGUCUGAGCCUGCUAGCGCAGUUCCGAAACGCAUGAUGACUCGUCCUAAAAAUGCAACUCAGCAUCCAGGACAUAUCCUCACUGAGGCCGAAGGCUAUACCAAAAGACGUACCAAAGCUCAAAAGUUCGCUGGCGACAAGCGUGAAAAAGAGGAAAAGCAGGCAAGUGAAAUGGCUGUACAAGAAGGAUAUAAGCACGUAGCUGCAUUUGAGAAAAAAAUGCAGACAGACCAAGCUGCUAAACGUGCUGAUGCACCAAAGCCUAUUCGUCCCCGCCCACGCCCUGUAAAAAAGGUUGCGAAACCCAUGGAGACCUCUAACUCGACUAUGGCCGAGGAUCAGGCCAUUGGCGCUAAAGGCAAGGGUGGUAGGGCUAGAGAUAAAUCAGCAGCCGGUGCUAAUGUCGAACAUCCUGAGAGUGAUGCAGAGGACGAGGAGCAGGAGGCGCGAGUGCCUGGAGCACGCAAAAAGAAGGGGAAGAGGACGGUGUUACCAGUGAAGACGCCAGUGAGAGACGCAAUCAAAGCAGCUGGCCUUAUCGAUGACUCGGAAUCAACAAUGCCACGUGACAACGAUAAGAAGUCUGGUGAUGUGUAA